AUGGCCGGAGGUGCAACCAAAUACCGACACUUGAGUCGGAAAUCCUCUCACAGACAAGCUCUUCUCCGAAACUUGGUUACCUCUCUCUUUCAACACGAAUCGAUCACGACAACAUGGGCCAAGGCAAAGGAGGCCCAAAAACUAGCUGAGAAGCUGAUCACCCUGGGCAAGAAGAAUACCGAAACAAGCCGGAGGACUGCCCUUUCUACAUUCUACACUCCCCACGAAAUCCUUCCCAAAUUAUUCGGGCCACUCCGAGAGCGCUACGCCGACCGUCCCGGCGGGUACACCAGAGUCCUGCGGGUUGAGCCGAAAAAGGAUGACCAGGCACCCAGUGCGAUUUUGGAACUUGUGGAUGGACCGAAAGAUAUGCGGUUUGCGAUUACCGCAAAGGCCGUCGCGAGACGACGUAGCCAGGGACUUGAGACGUUGAAUGAGCUCACGCUGAUGAAUGUGCGGAAGGUAACGCAAUUUCGCAAGGAUGGAGUUGAGGCGUUAGAAAGAGCGAUUUCUCGGGUAAAGCUUGAUGGGGGCAACGACCGUGUAAAAGCAAAGGCGACGAAGGGAAUUGAGGACAAGGCCGAGGUGGAGGUUGAUAAUGAAGUCGAGAGGAAAUAG